UCCCCAUCUUGGAGGCCACAACAAAAGGCAUCUUUCUUUCUUUUUUUUGGACAAAAAAAACACUCGUCAGCAGUAUAGAAAAUUCCGUCAAUUCCUUUUUUUCGUAUAACUUCGAUCUGUUCCUCUCUUUUUUCUCUGUUGGUAAUCUUUUGUAUGUCUCUGAGUGGGGGGGAAAAUUUCUAAGCGUGUGCUUCGGCCAUGGAUUUUUCAGUUUGUGAAGCCACUCUGCCAUUAUUUCAGUUUAGCGUGUGACUCGGACUGACUUUGUUGCUCUCCUCGCACUCUCUCUGGGGCUGAGUUUUGGAUGAAGAAUCUGACUCGCAAUCUUUCACAAAGAGUGAAAGUUUUUGGAUGGCAAAAAUUCAAAUUUAUUCAAAAUCAAUCGAUCUUCUCUCGAGCGUUAUCUUGAUCGUUGUUUUUUUCGGUUUUUUUUUUGGUGAUGAUGGUUGUUUUGGUUUCGGAACCGGUGGACUUUAAGUGAUCGUGACAUCUUCGUCUGUGAUCGAAGAUCAUCGGGUUUGUGAUCGCUUUUUUGUGCGUGUGAAUAUCUUUGCAGCUGCCGCAAGAGCGCAACUUCUCACAUUCUCUCUGCACACGAGAGAACACUGAGAGUGAGUUCAGUGCAAAGGCGCGAUAUGAAUUGCUGAUGGUUGGAAAGAGAGAUUCCUGUACUGCGCCAAGUGCGCAUGAGCGUGAAGAAUCGUCAUGAAUAUUUGUGGCAAUAAUAAUCGAAAAAUGGUAGUGACGACGAAGCUUCAAAAAUUCUAAAGUCUCAAAGCAACAGAAUAUAGUAACUUGUGGUUGUGAAUUUACAAAAAAAAACAGUGUAUGUGUCUCAACCCCUUUUUGCUACAAAGACAAACCCAUCCAGAUUUAAUGUGACAAUCCUUUAUGCUCUACAAUUGAUCUUCCCUCUUGCGCUGGUGACUCAAGAGGCAGGAAGAGACCAAAAACCCGACAGUGUUGUUUGUGCUCAAGACAGUGAAUUUGCAGUCGAAAGAAAAAAAUGUUCCAGUGCAUCAUUCAGCAGCGAAAUGGGUGGAUUCAUGCGCCAAACCCUGAAAUGCGUGAUGUGUUUCCAGAUAUUAGAUUGCAGCUGAACGAGCAGCUGAGGUGUUUGGACGUGAGGGUGGAGGCGCAAGUGUCGCUGAUCCAGGAAUUGCAGGACUUCUUCCGGAGGCGCAGCGAAGUGGAGCUGGAUUACAGCAAGAAUAUGGACAAAUUGGCAAAGAGUCUUCUAUUAAGGCACAAAGAACAGAAGCAGAAGCGCGAGCAAUGGCCUCUGUUCUCCUCCUACGCGUGCUGGCAGCAAAUGAUCAAUCACACGAAGAGUCUGUCGAAGGAUCACGCCAUCCUAUCUGAUGUGUACUCCAACCAUCUCGUGACACGCUUUCAGUCAGUCAUCGAUGACAUUCAGCGCAUCUACAAGCGCUGCCGUGAGAUCGGCUAUGAGACGCACGAGGAGAUCUUGAGGGUGCUGCAGGAGCUUCACACCACCAUGAAGACAUAUCACAGCUAUCAGACUGAAUGCAAGGCGGCCGAGGCGAAACUGCGUACAGCGGAGAAUCAGCGGACAAAGCUCCAGCAGACAAUUCCCAAGGAGAAGCUCGAGAGGAGCAAGAAGUACAGACUGAUCGAGAAGGAGGUGCUCAAGAGGCGCAAUAAGUACACAGAUGCGCGUCUCAAGGCGCUCAAGGCCAAGAAUGAAUAUCAACUAUGCCUUGAGGCAUCCAACACCACCAUUCACAAGUACUUUGUUGAGGAUUUGAGUGAUCUCAUUGAUUGUAUGGACUUGGGCUUUCACUCGGUGGUAUCCCGGGCAUUGCUAAUGCACGUAACAGCUGAUCAGGGCAGAUGUCGAUCAAUGCUGACCAAUGCCGAGAAUUUGUCACACAUCGUGCACUCAAUGGAUAGUCGGGCGGACAAGCAGAAAUUCCUGGAGCAGCAUCAUGGUGCUUUCAUGAUACCUAAGAGAUUAGAAUUUCAAGGGCAACAUCUGGUGGAGUCUAUUGAGCCGGAACUGCAGAAGGCGCUGCAUCAGGAGAUGGAGGGAAGGUUGAAGCACUUGGAGCAGCGCGUGAGUAAUCUUCGGACAGAGUCUGAGGAGAUAUGGAAGACGCUCGAAACAGCAGAGAUUAAUUUGCUUGAGAUACUCAAUACGAAGGACUUUGAUUGUUCCACCAACUUUGGCGAUUCCGCCAUUCUUGCCGGCACUGGCAAGGAGCUCAUGAAGCUGAAGACGGACAAGCAGGAGAUUGAGGAGUUCUACAUCUCAAAGAUACGCGAAUACAUUCUCGGCACAUCCAGAAUUGCCAGAUUGGACGCCAAGGCGGAAUUUCUCAGAUCAUCCCUGACCAAAGAUGGUGUCGCGCCCACGGGAAUGCUCGUGAUGGUGAAGACGACUGUGCCAAAGCGGAAGCGCAUCGGACGCAUGAACAUCUCGGGGCAGCCGAAGUUGUUUGGUGGCUCUCUUGAGGAGUAUCUCGAGGCGACCAACGAGGAGAUUCCGCUCAUCAUGCGGAGCUGCAUUCGCGUCAUCAAUCUCUAUGGGUUGCACCAUCAGGGCAUCUUCCGCGUGUCCGGAUCACAGGUGGAGAUCUCCAACUUCCGCGAGGGCUUCGAGCGCGGCGAUGAUCCUCUGGCCGACACAACCGACGCCUCUGACAUCAACUCCGUGUGCGGCGUGUUGAAGCUGUAUUUGCGAGAGCUGCGAGAGCCGCUCUUCCCCAUCAUCUACUUCGACCACUUCGUCUCGCUGGCGCAGUUGGAGUCCAAACAGGAGGUUGUGGCGGAAAUCAGAGUGUUUCUGCAGAAUUUGCCACGCUGUGUGGUCAUCGUGAUGCGCUAUCUAUUUGCAUUUCUCAACCAUCUGUCUGAAUAUUCUGAUGAAAAUAUGAUGGACGCAUACAAUCUGGCCAUAUGCUUUGGGCCCACACUCAUGCCGGCGCCAGAGGACAAGGAUCAGGUGCAGUAUCAGAAUCAAGUGAAUGAGCUGAUAAAGAAUAUGAUUGUGUACCAUGAGGAGCUCUUCCCGAAGGAUCUGGGUGGAACGCAGUAUGAGAAGUACAUUUCGCAUGAACCAUAUAUUGACAUUGAAGUUGGAGAUUCACCCACAGAGCAAGUAACUGAGGAUCCAGACUCUGAAGUUUAUCCAUCAGAAGAUGAGUCUGACACAUUGGAGGCAACAGUGCAGUUUGACUUCUCUGCGCGGUCGAAUCGUGAAUUGAGCUUGAAGAAAGGUGAGACGGUGAUCCUGAGGAAGCAAGUGUCCAACGACUGGUGGCAAGGAACUGUGAAUGGGAAGGAAGGACUUGUUCCAGACAAGUAUAUUUCGUUAAAAAUCAAAGACGAAGAUCGUGAUCGCGGGAGUGACAAUAUGAAGUCCUCCAGCUCUGAGGAGUCCGUGCGAAAGCGUCGCCCCAGUGGAUCAAUGGGUAUGCCCAGUCAGUUGUCUGUCUUCUCCACUGCUGCUGCGGCCGCUGCUCCAGCUCUGGUGGUGCCAAAGCUCGUGGUGUCCACAGUCAUUGACACCGAGCCGCCAGUUGAGGAGGCAAAGAUUGCCAAUCAGCAGAUCGGCAUCCCAAUACCGGAGCCAAAGAAUGACUUUCUGCAGUACGACAGCGUGGAUGCGGUGAAGAACAAGUACAGCUAUCACGAGGAGCCGCACUCCUUCGAGAACUCCAUGGACUUCCUCGAGGACUUCAAUCACUUUCAAUUUGAGGGCGACAAGAAGAGUGAACCCAUCUAUGCGGAGCCCAGCAAGCCGGCAAUUCCAGUGAAUCCCAUGCCGUCAACUUCUGGCGCACAGUGCGAUGUUGCCAAUGGCGAGGAGGAUGUGGAGGUGCGCCAGAAGGCAGCCGAGGAUGCACAGAUGGGCGUCCGCCACUCGGACACGGAGGUGCUGAAGCGCAAGGAGGACGGCGAGAUGAAGCCGCCGCGCAAGCUUCACACGAAGAGCUUCAGUGUGUGCGAAGGUCGCGUGAGCAACAUGUUCCAGCACAACAGGGAAAUGUGGGAGAAGAGAGCCGAGCUGGGCUCACAGCACAGUCUCACGACACCGCGCAUUCUGUCCAGGAAUCGCAUAGCGCCCGAUCUGGUGAUGGAUCUGCCGAUGACGGUGAUUCAUGGCGUGGAGGUGAAGCGCGAGGACUCCAGGGAGAGUCUGGAGGUGGACGGUGGGGAGGUGGAUGUGUCAUCGGCGGAGAGAUUUGCCGCCCAGAAUCAGUGCACACUGAAGAAGAAUGAGCGAUUUGCCGGCGAGCUGCCGUUUGAGGGUGUUCCGGGGAAGAAGGAAGUGAAGCUGCCCUUCCAGAAGGUGGAGAAGCCCAAGGCGGAGGUGAAGCCGCAGGAGAAGGAGCCGCCAGAGGAGGCGGUCAGCGAGAGUGGUGAGGUGAGCUUGCACAUUACAGAAGAGGCACAGGAGGAGUCAGAAGCCGCCGCAGCGGCUGUCCAGAAGAGUCCAAUUCCGGCACGAAACACCCAGAAAUUCGUGUCCCAGUUCGCUGAUCUCAAGCUCACAGGUGGAUGUCUCAAUCAGGGGGGCUCUGGGAGCUCUGAGGGUGCAAGUGGGAGUGGAAAUCCACCUGCUUUGUCCUCUUUCAAGCCCGUCAAGCCAGUGAAGCCGCAGUUUCUCAAGAAAACUCUCUUGCUUCCACCAACAACACCCGAAAUGGCCAGGAGAGCUCAGCCUGAAUGGAAACAUCACAGUGAAACUCACUACACAAAACAAAAAUAUUCCUUAUUAGUGGAAAGUGGGCGAGUUUUGGCGUUGACACAUCGAAAAAAUCCUUGAGGAAUGUCGAGAAUCAUUGAAGCAAACUAGUUCGAAGCUUUCCCACUUUUCCCUACUGUAAUUGUAUAUGUAUGUAAUGUCUUAAAGGAUAAUCAAAAGAAAAAAAGAAAGAAAUAAAGUCUAAUCGCAUGUAAGGAAAAAAAUGUGCUACAUUUACAGGUAAAACUCAAGAACAGGUUGAAGGAGAGCAGAAAAAUUGCAUUUUGCAAGUGAGAGAAUCGAAGCAUGAUAGCGAAAUAUGACACAAUAACUUAUCCAAAAAAAAAUAAACAAUUUACCAAAUCAAAGAGAUUUGAUUAAAAAAAAAUCACAUACAAUAUCAAUGUCCAUAAAAAGGUAGAAAAAACUUACAAAAAAAAAAUUUACUCUUGUAUCCAAUUUUAUCAGUGUUCUUUACCAAUGAUGGCAAAAAAGAUGAAGAAUAGCAGAGGAAAUCAAGUAAAAUGAUACUCAACUUUAGAGUAAAUUGUGUGAGAGUUAAUUUUGUGCGAAGGCGGAUCAAAAAAAAAUAUAUUUUAAUAGUGUUGUUUGAGGAUGAAAAAGAAAACAAAAAAAUGCAAAAAAGAGGAAGCAUGGAUGUACGCACGGCCAAAAAGGCCAGUUCUCGAUGUCUCCCGCCCUCCAUUAAAUCGCGUUUAGUGAGAAAUUCCCCUUAAUUGAAUUAAUUAUGUUACAUUUAAAAUAAUUUUAUUGUAAGAUUUAUUUUGUAAAGAAUCUAUAAUUACAAUAAAAGUGUAUAUCGUCAA